AUGAACCAAAAUCAGGGCGUGACGGAGAUCCUGUCGGGCAAGAACGUGGACAACGUCCCUCCCACCGACGUCGACGCGGCGAGGAACUGGGACUACGAAGUGGACAUAGGCAGUGACUUGAACAUGGAGAUCCCGCUAAGUCGAGAAGUGAUGUUGCAACAGAACGUCCUCGACACAACCAAACUCAGAGCGAAAGAUCAGGUGUCCCGAAUGAUGAAUUUGGUGAAGAGCAUCGGCAAGACCGUGGAGGCGAAGAGCGUCGAGGGGGAGGUGGUCCUCGCUCAAGCUCCCAACGGCGCCUCGAUGAUGGUCGCCAAAGUAACAGAGGCAAUGCUGAGCCACGGCAUGAAGGUGGCGGUGACGAAGGGCGGCGGUGAGAUCCAGCUGCCCACUUCCUUCUGCCCCUCCCGCUCGCUGGGCAUGGAAGCCUGCAACCAGACCAUCACUCUGUCAGCUGUGGAGUGGCCCUCCGUCACUUACUCGUAUGCUCAGUCGUCGAAUCAAUUAAGCAAGAGUACAAAAGUCGUUAGUCUGGACGUGUUUCUGAACGGGCAGUCGAUCUCCAUUAACGACACGGAGGGUAUCGUUAUCAGCAUUCCGCGAAGCCCCGAGGAUCUGCCAGACCCGAUCCUCAUGGACCGGGAGGAGGUACUGGCGAGGAUGGUCCACGUGCCCGUCGUCUACAGCCAGUUCAACAUCUCGCGGCCCGGCUCGGCUGCCAACAUUGAGAUCAUUGCCAACGGCACUUCUGCUAAUCGCUCUGUUCUCCUGCUUGGCCACGAGAAAAUGCCUACGCCUGCUAGCUACGAGAUGCUCAUUCCGCUGUCUAGUAUCCCCACGAACGAGCAUGAUAUCAAAGACCUUUUCCUCAACUCGAGCGACAUUAAAAAUCGCACCGGCCGUUUCUUCUUGGGUUUAGCGUCGCUCCUGAGUAACGUUGCCAUGGAAACGGCCUUGAAGAACAUCACCAAAGAUCAUUUAGACUGGGAACCGGACGUCGCCUACAGCCUGCGCGUGUUCACCUCCGGCUGCUACUACUUCGACGAGGCUCUCGAUGAAUGGUCCAACAGCGGCCUUGAGGUUGUGUCCACGAGUUACCUGAUGACCCAGUGCCAAUCGUCGCAUCUCACGUCCUUUGCGAGUGGCUUCUUCCCCUCGCCGAAUGAAAUCAACUUCGAGUUCAUCUUCGCCAAUGCUGGUUUUACCGAUAACAUGUCUAUCUAUAUGACUCUUAGCUUCACUCUGGUCUUGUUCAUAGCACUCCUUAUUUGGGCACGAUACAAAGACCGGGAGGAUUUGAAGGAGCUGGGCGUGACCCCGCUGCCAGACAACAAGGUGGACGACCGCUACCUGUACGAGAUCGUGGUUUACACAGGCAGCGAGAAGGAGGCUUCGUGUCAAUCCAAUAUCCAGAUGGUGUUGUCAGGCGAGUGUGGCGAGACGCAAGUUCGGAAACUGGCAGAUUCCCAGCGUCCAGUCUUUUGCAGGAACGGGAUUGAUUCGUUCGUGAUGGCUGUGCCGAGGCCGCUGGGGAAACCUCAGUACCUGCGCGUGUGGCACGACAACUCCGGCGAAGGACACUACUCCUCGUGGCACCUCGCCUUCGUCAGCGUGCGGGAUCUGCAGACGGACGAGAAAACGACCUUCAUCGCGAACCGGUGGCUGGCCAUCGACAGGGACGAUGGGCAGAUCGACCUGACCCUCGCCGCCGCCAACCUGGGUGAAAUGACCAACUUCAGCCACCUGUACAAGGCAAGCAAAGAGAAAGGAAUGAGAGACCGAAACCUUUGGACGUCCGUUUUCUAUAGGCCUCCGAGGUCAAGAUACACCAGGAUGGAGCGAGUGGGCGUUUGUACAGCUUUCGUGUACCUUUCCAUGAUGACAAGUGCCAUGUGGUAUGAAGUGGCUCCCGAAAAGGCCUCCGCUGACAGUUACUUUGAUCUCGGUGCCUUUUCGCUUAGUCAAGAACAGGGUGCAAUAGGGCUCAUUUCCCUGGUGGCCGUGUACCCUGUGAUUCAACUGGUGGUGGCCAUGUUCAGGUACGCAGGACCCCGGACGCGCAAAGUAUCUCGGUCCAUUGCUGCGCGCGAUCGACAAAGAGCUGAGCAACGGGAGGAAAUGGGCCUCGCUCCCGAAGCGGAAAUGGAUGUGGAAAAGGGCGGGAAAGAAGAAAGGAAAAACAGGGCGAAGAACCUUAAGCAGCCCUUUACCCUACCAUGGUGGUUCCGCCUGGUUGCCUGGUUGCUUGUCCUUGCAGUCGCGGGCCUGUCUGUGUUCUUCGUGUGGGCAUAUGCGAUGCAAUUCGGUGCCCAGAAAACGGGUCGCUGGCUCUCUUCACUGCUGGUUACCUUCCUCAGCUCGCUGCUUGUUAUUGAGCCUAUUAUGGUGCUCCUCGGCGCGGUGAUCAGAGCCACGUGUUGUAGCAAGUGUGUCUCGACCCGCGUUGAUGAGGAUGACGUUGACUUCGACGAACAAGAAACGAACCUCUUUCACGACGAGGAAUGGCAGCACAUCAAGCCCCUGGACGCCUCGGCCCCCCGACGCGUGCACGCCGUCAAGGGCACGAGCGACACGACCCUCCUGAAGAGCCUGCGUCUGAGGCUGGUGAAGGAGCGCGAGAUGAUGCUCGUGCUGAGGGACAUCCUGGCCUACCUCGCCUUCGUCAUGAUGCUGGGCUUCAUCACCUACGGGAGCCGCGACCCGUCCACCUUCCUCAUGGUCUCGCACUUCCGCAACGCCUUCAUCAGGGAGGGGGACAUCUACUGGGACUACAAGGAGAAGGUAAUCCACAGCGACCGAUACUGGCUGUGGUUGAAAAAUAUCAUGCUGAAGGAAUUGCGAGCUCAGCGCUGGUACAAUGACGAACCUCCGUAUGGCUUGAGAGGCUUCUUGGGCGACAAGCAGAAUAGGAUUAUGGGCUACGGGAUCCUGCGGCAAGUGAGGAACAAGAAGGACGUCUGUAGACCACCCGCCGGCCCGAUUCGUAAGAUCGUGAGCUCGUGCACAGGACCUCGAGACGUGGCCCUUGAGGACGACGGGGACUACUGCGCUCACUGGGGCGAGAAGGAGAUCUUCCCGGGGGCGUGCAGCUUGCCGGAGUUCAAGUACAAAUCAGCCGAUGAGUUGGAAUCCUUCCCCACGUACGGACGUCUGGGUACGUACGGCGGCGGCGGGUACGUGCUGCCCGUUCGAGGGUCGUCCAGCGAGAUCCUGGAGCGCCUGGACUUCCUGCAGAAGGCCAACUGGAUCGACAAGUACACCCGCGCCGUCAUGUUGGAAUUCUCCGUCUACAACGCUAACGUGAACCUCUUCGGCAUCGGCACGGUCAUGGCGGAGUUCCUUCCUGGAGGAGGCAUCAGGCCCUACUGGCGCUUCGACUCCACCCGCCUCAUUCAGCCCUGGACAGGCUUCGGCUUCUUCAUCCUGCUGAACGAGAUCGGCUUCGUCGUCGCCACAGUCUUCUUCACCUUCCGCGAGAUAUGGAAAUGCUACAAGUCCGGCCUAUUGACGUAUCUGAAAGGCUACUGGAACUUAGCGGAGAUCGCCAUCAUCCUUACGUCAUACUUGGCGAUUGGUCUCUACGUCUAUAGGCAUAUGGAGGUUUCCCGCGUCCUCAAGAUCUUCGACGAGACCUACGGCAACGGCUACGUGAGAAUGGAGUACGCCACGCUGCUGGAUCUGUUCUACCUGUAUGCCGUGGCUGGCAUUAUUUUCUUCUCUACGCUCAAGUUCAUCAAGCUCCUCCAGUUUAACAAGCGGAUGAACCUGCUUGGUUUCACGUUCGGCCGCUGCUGGGACGAUCUACAAGUCUUCUUCCUCACCUUCGGCAUUCUGUUCUUCGGCUUCACAACCUUGUUCUUCACCAUCUUCAACCUGCAGCUGGAGGAGUUCGCGAACUUCUUGGCGGCCGUCCAGAUGUGCUUCUCGAUGAUGCUCGGCAAAUUCAAUUUCGAGGCGAUGGCUCAGGCGAACCAGGCGUCCCCAGUCAUGUUCUUCGUGUUUUCUCUGAGCACGAGCAUGAUUCUCAUCAACCUCAUGCUCACCAUCAUCAUCAGGUCUUUCACAGAAGUCAAGAACGAGCUCAAGCAUAUGAAAAACAAGUACGACAUCCUGGACUUCAUUUCCUACAAGGUCAUGACGACGCUCGGGCUGCAGGAGAGGGAGAUCCUUCUUCACACAGCCGAGCCUGACAUCACAGAAACAUCACAGCAGUCAGAGACGGCGAUUUCAGCCAGCGAUGAGUUCCCAAGUAAAGUCGAUUCUCUUCUGUGUUACAUCAAUGAUCUCUAUUUCAACGGGCAGCUCGACCUGAAAAACCCGGACGGACUGAAGGCUGCAGUGGGACGAGAUAUCGCCCACGACCAAAACCUUACAAUCCGCAUGUCAUCAGGCUUUGACAGAUACUUUGGUAAGCUUAAAGGAGAAAAAAAUGGUCACCACGAAUGAAUGAAUGAAAAAAAUACAUCUGACGGAUAACGCUUGAUUGUUUUCUCUCUCAACGUAUAAUAAUUAGCAAUUAAUUACAUGAAGAUAGCUUAUGGCUGUAGUCCAUAUGUUGCUCCGACCCUUCUGCACCCAAGGUUUUCCUAGGCCUACCAGCAAGAGUAUGAGAAAGUACAGGUUUUCAUAAUCACAUUUCGAGUUCUCCUUCUUGUGUUGAAAGAGUGAGACGAGCAAUGACCUGAGACAGUUUAUCGACAUUCCAAGUCUAAUUUACUUUAGCGUCUUUUUAAGUUACGGUUCUUUUUAUGUUAAGUGAAGAACGCCAAAUAUAUUCCGCACAAAGUAUAAUAUGCACUUUUAUUGUUGAUGUCUGGUUAGUGUAGUUA